GAAAGUUAAUUCUCUCGAUAUAAAACCCUAUCCAAGUCAAGUCCAGUCAACAGGUUGAACAGUAAGAUCGGCCGGGUUCACAAACGAUGUGACCAACCAAUCAAUUCAGUAUUACCAAAAAACUCCAUCAAAAUCACAUCUGAAAGCAAGGACAAGGUCACAAGGCGUAUGUUAGCGGCCACUCUCUUUUUAUCUCCCCAUUAAGGGAUACUUUUAUUAUCGCCCUCAAGUCUCUCUCUUUACCUUCACACCUUUGAUUUGCGUAUUGUUUAAGUUUCUUUGAAACAUCCAAGUCUUGGCCUUCUUGGAAGCUUCAUUUACAGUUCACACCAUUUUUAAAUUGAUUUUUUUUUCGUGAGAGUUUUGAUUGUUUGUGAAAGCGGGUCUGGUAAAUUUAGAGCUCCUAAUUGAAGUGUUUUGAAAUAGGAAGUUUGAUACUUGGUUGUUUUGGUAGAUUUGGAUUUGAUGGAGUAGUUAAUGAUCUCGAGAAAGAAAAAAAAUUGAAUUUUUUUUUUCUGGAAUUUUGCGAUACAUUCUUGGUGUAUAUGUUCAUUUAGAAGUGUGAUAAAUGAGAUUACUUUUCAGCAAUAUUUUGUGAGGUUUGUUCUGUUUGGAACUUGAUUUGGUUAAAUUAUGAAAUCUUGGAAGGUGAUUUGAUAGGUGACACUCAUGGUGUUUGUGAUGCUGAAUCAAUUAUUGAUUUCUUAAAAAAUAAUGGAAUUUGAAUUUGGGGUUGAGACAGUGAUCUGGGUGGAAAAAAUUAUGGUGUGAGUUGUUUUGAGUAUUUGAUUGGAUGAAAUCAGUGAUUUGGAGUUAGUCUCGAGAGCUACUUGUGGUUACCAUUUAGAUUUUCUUAUUGUUGAGUUUAGAGUGUGCUUUAAAAAUGGAUGAUACUGAAGAUGAUGCAAGGUACCCACCAAAUCCAUACGGGGAGAACAACCAGAAGAGUUAUGGUUCUAAUCGUCACAAACUUCUCGCGGGCAAUGCUAUGUAUCUUAGGGAAGUUGAUGAUCAAUAUUCCAUUGAUGAAGAUGAGGACUCUGAUGAAGAAGAAGAAGAAGAUGAACAUGAAUUAGGAGUGGAAGAUGGGGAGAAUAAUCAGAAAAAUGGCAUCCAUUAUGAGGGAAAAGAUGUGGAUGAGGAGGAGGAGGAGGAGGAGGAGGAGGGUGUUGAUGAUGAGGAGGAUGAGGAUGAUAAUCAAAAGUACAAUAGGAGGAUAGACGAGGAUGAGGAUGAUAAUGAAAAGUAUAAUAUGAGGAUAGACGAUGACGAUGAUGAUGGCGAUAUCGAAAGGCAUCCAAAAAAGCAAAAGCUAAAGAGUUUAGUUUCAAGUUAUGAAUUUGCUCCUCGUGUUCCAGCACCUCAUGUUGCAGUUCCAGCAGGGCCAAAACCAUCAGUUGGUGGACGCAAUCCGCUUACAGACUGGACUGAGCGUGAAACAUUCGUUUUGCUAGAUGCUUGGGGUGAUAAGUUCUUGCAACGUGGGAAGAAGAGUCUUCGAUCUGACGAAUGGCAAGAAGUUGCAGAGAAGGUGUCAGAGAAAUCAAAGAUUGAGAGGACAGAUACACAAUGUAGGAAUCGUUUGGAUACAUUGAAAAAGAAGUACAAGGUCGAGAAGAUUAAGUUAGCAGAGGCAGGCGGUGGUGCUAGCAAAUGGGUUUAUUUCAAGAAGUUGGAUAUUCUAAUGUCGACAUCGGCUCAGCAAGGUGGACUCUCCUGUGGGCUGGACUCAGGAGAGUAUGUUUUCAUGAACUCGAAAGCAUAUUCAAACCAUGCCAACGGAUUGGAUGGGAUGCGGGAUAGUCCAGGGAAUUCAGAAUCAGCACAUGAUGACGAUGAUUCGGAUGGGCUCCCACCCAAGAAGAGAAGGCUUGGAAGAGAGUCAAGAAACUGCAAUGAGCAGUCCUCUUUUGGUUUGCUUGCAGAUUCUAUUCAGAAAUUUAGUGAGAUCUAUGAGAAGAUUGAGAGUAGUAAAAGGCAGCAGAUGUUGGAACUAGAGAAGAUGAAGAUGGAUUUUCAGAGGGAUUUGGAAAUGGAAAAGAGGCAAAUUAUUGAGAGAGCAAAGGCAGAGAUAGCCAAAAUUCAUCAAGACAGUGAAGAUGAGGACACCAUGUCGGCCAAUAGUGCUUAACGUGUAUAAAUCUGUCUCUGAUCCUGUGUAACAUUUAAUUAGUUUGCUUUCUGCUCCUAGCUGUGCAAUACUGGGGGCCUUUUCAUGUUCUUUCCCAUGUUGUAAACGCUACUGAAUAGCUUAUUGUAUUAGUUUUAAUAAAAUAAAUGGGUAAAGAAGAUGAUUACACCUGA